AUGACGGUGCUUCGCCUCGGUCAUUCCGUCGGCCCAAAGGUACUGGUCCGGACAGACUUUUGGCUGCUCCUGGCCUUGCACCUUCUGGCAUUCGCAGCUUACAACAGCGGCUUCAUGGGGGAGAAGGGCGGUGGGUGGAGGCUAGGCCUGCAGGAGCUCGAGUGGUCUGACGUGGAGCUAAUGUUCGUUCUCAUGUCCUGCGCUCUGUGCUUCGCAGUGAACCAGGCAUAUUUCAGAUAUUUGCAGUUGGGCCAGUUGGUCAGGAAGACAAUGGACAGCGUAUAUGACUUCGCCUUCGAGGCUCGGCUGUUCUUGCGCUUAGAGAACGAACCGUACGACCGGCUUGGCUGUCGAUGGGCUGUGGGCUCUUUGAUCCUGGUCCUAUGCGAGAUCAGGAGGAGUUACACAGACAGCACCAUUCAGCAGAAUGAUCUUCUGAAGUUGGUGGAUCUGGAGUUUAUCAGGCCUGGUGAAGCGGACUUCCUGGAUCCGCACAGUCUUUCAGCAAGGCAGAGGACCCUCGUCAUGAUGCACACAGCCUGUGACUGUGCACUGCACGGCUUGGGGAAAGCUGAAGUUGCACCAGCAACACAACGCGAUUUGCUGCAGCGCCUUGUCGACUGCAAGUCCUACCAGCUCCAGUUGCUGGAUGCCGCGAAUGCGAUGCUUCCCUUCGAAUACUUCCACUUGCUCAGUACUCUGGUCAUCCUGACCACGGCCUACCUAGGGCUGUGCGUAGGUCUAUGCGAUUCAUGGAUCGUGCCACCUGCUUAUGCAACCUCUUUGCUGAUCAUCCUGGGCCUUUUUGAGCUCCUGAGCAGUUUGAACUAUCCCUUCGACGGCCUGCACGAGGCCGACUUUCCGCUGAACAGCUGGGUCACGCACUUCUUGUCCAACUUGACUGUUUUGCUGAACUACUCGCAUGGCGGCACUCGGAGCAGCUGGGAAGCUGAGUUGAAGGAAGAGGCUGCACAUCCGGUGCAGUUUCCACUCACCGAAGAGCAGGUGAACUCCAUCCUCUCCGGCGAUGCCACCCGGCUACUCCACAAGCAGGAGGGGCUGCCAGUUAAGAUCUGA